AUGUCCUCAAGAACAUCCUUCCAAAAUUCUGCUACUGGCUCAUCGGCGUCUGCGUCGUCUCUUGUCUCUAUGGCCGACCCGCCUCUCAGACAGAUGGACGGUGCAGCAGUGGACUACUUUCUGAUCGAGAUGGUCCACACGUUACGUGCAUCGUCGGCGGUCGCAACAGCGCGGGCGAAAAAGGUAGAACGAGAUAUGAUUGAAGCGGGACUAUUGCCUUCCCCACCCCCCGCUUCUUCGUCAUUGAGAGACGUACAAAGAGAUUCAGCAGGAAGUCUCGCGUCUCGAGGUGGUGGAAAGGCUACAGUCGAAGACGAGGACGAAGGCGUGCGAACACGGUUAGAGGCGAUAGGAAUGCAUGUCGGAGCAAACAUGACUGAACGUCUAUGUCAUGAUCGAGGGCUCUUUGCGGAUACUCUCGAUGCUGUGAAGUUCAUCUGUAAGGAUCUCUGGGCCGCAUGCUGGGACAAGCAGGUGGACAAUCUACGAACGAAUCACCGAGGUAUUUACGUUUUGCAAGACCACACCUUCAAGCCUAUCGCACGCAUAUCAAGCUGGGAGGGGCGAGCAGAAGCAUUGAAAAAGGCGAAACUAUACGUCACAAUGUCUGCUGGUAUCCUUAGAGGUGCCCUCGUCAGGCUCGGUUAUCAGGCCACUGUUGUCCCCGAAGUGACAGUGCUACCGCAAUGCAGCUUCCAGCUUCGACUGCCGAAAGGCCCGUAA